AUGGCUCUCUUCGAAGUGGAAGGUUGGGACAUCAAGACUAAGGACGUGUCCUAUGAUAGCGCCAAUGCCAAAAAGGAGAACAAGAAGAAGGAAAGAAAAGAUAGGGCGAAGCGGGCCAAUGAGCGAAGGCUAGAGGCUAUCAAGAACGCUGAGAGCGAAGACGAAGACUUCGAGGAAAAUGCCGAGGACGACGGCGAACAAGUGGAGGAUGAAGAGCGCAAGCCUCCUACUCCAAAGGCGGAGAAAAAAGCUAAAAUCGAAGAUUCUGAAGCUACUAUUCAAAAGGCCGAGAAAAGCGCGAAGAAAAGUGCCAGCGAGCCCAAGAGGGCGUCCAGAAAGCGUGGCGCGGAGAAGCCUGAGGCUGGCGGAGACUCUGAGCCAGCCCAACCUGCCAAGAAACCUCUAACCGCCCUGCAACAAAAGAUGAUGGCCAAGCUAAGUGGCUCCAGAUUCAGAUGGAUCAAUGAGCAGCUUUAUACUAUCUCAUCCGAGAACGCUCUAGAGCUAAUCAAGAAACAGCCUGAACUUUUCGACGAGUACCAUGAUGGUUUCAGGUCACAGGUGCAGUCGUGGCCUGAAAAUCCAGUUGACGUCUUCGUGGAUCAGUUUCGCAUAAGAUCCAAGAAGCCCGUUAACGCCCCUGGCGGAUUGCCGGGUUUGCCGAACGAUAAGAAGAUCGUGGUGGCUGACAUGGGCUGCGGUGAAGCUCAACUAUCAUUGGAUUUGAAGAACUUCUUCGCGGAGGCCAACAAAAAGAGCAAGAAACACCACAAAAAGAACUGCGUGGUACAUAGUUUUGACUUGAAGAAGGUCAACAACAGAAUCACAGUUGCGGACAUUAGGAAUGUGCCUCUCCCAGACGGAUCCUGCACAGUUGUUGUGUUCUGCCUGGCGCUGAUGGGUACGAACUUCCUCGACUUUAUCAAAGAGGCUUACAGGCUGCUGGCCCCCCGUGGUGAGCUGUGGAUAGCCGAAAUCAAAUCCAGAUUCGCUGACCGGGAGGGAGAGGAGUUCGUCAACGCUAUCAAACUUCUAGGCUUCUUCCACAAAAAAACCGACGAUACCAACAAAAUGUUCACCAGAUUCGAGUUCUUCAAGCCACCACAAGAGAUAAUAGAGGAAAGAAAGGCGAAACUAGAGCGGAAACAGAGGUUCGUAGAAGUCGAAACAGAGAAGGAGGAGCUUGAGUCGAAGCGGAAUAAGACCCCAGAAGGCAAAUGGCUGCUGAAGCCCUGUAUUUAUAAAAGAAGGUAG